UUCCGUCCUUAUAUAAAACAUACUCUUCAUAGAAAUCCUCACUUCCUAUUCUCCCCCAAUUCCAUUCUCUCUAGAAAUCAACAAUGGCGAAUAACAGAGCCAGCAUCAGUCUCGAAGAAAUCAGGAACGAGACCAUUGAUCUCGAGCGGAUACCUGUGGAGGAAGUGUUUGAGCAGCUGAAAUGUACAAAGGAGGGGUUGACAACAGAAGAAGGAGAGCAAAGGAUCCAGAUCUUUGGCCCAAACAAGCUAGAAGAGAAAAAGGAUAGCAAGCUUCUCAAAUUCUUGGGUUUCAUGUGGAAUCCUCUGUCAUGGGUUAUGGAGCUCGCUGCUUUGAUGGCCAUUGCAUUGGCGAAUGGAGGGGGCAAACCUCCAGACUGGCCAGAUUUCUUGGGUAUUGUUGUGUUGCUGAUCAUCAACUCGACGAUCAGCUUCAUUGAAGAGAACAAUGCGGGCAAUGCAGCGGCUGCUUUGAUGGCAGGCCUCGCUCCCAAGACCAAGGUUCUUCGAAGUGGGAAAUGGACGGAACAAGAUGCAUCAAUCCUUGUACCAGGGGACAUUAUAAGCAUCAAGUUGGGUGACAUUGUUCCGGCAGACGCUCGGCUCCUUGAGGGUGAUCCACUCAAGAUUGAUCAAGCAGCCCUCACAGGUGAGUCCCUCCCAGUCACCAAGUAUGCCGGAGAUGAGGUCUUCUCUGGGUCUACAUGCAAGCAAGGUGAGAUCGAGGCCAUUGUCAUUGCCACUGGUGUCCACACAUUCUUCGGGAAGGCGGCCCACCUUGUGGACAGCACCAACCAAGUGGGACAUUUCCAAAAGGUCCUUACCGCCAUUGGUAACUUCUGUAUUUGUUCUAUCGCCGCGGGCAUGGUCAUAGAGAUUAUAGUGAUGUAUCCAAUCCAACGCCGUAAAUACAGAGAUGGGAUUGACAAUCUGUUGGUGUUGCUCAUUGGUGGUAUCCCCAUUGCAAUGCCCACGGUGUUGUCAGUGACUAUGGCCAUUGGUUCGCACCGUCUGUCCGAGCAAGGCGCCAUCACGAAGAGGAUGACGGCCAUCGAAGAGCUGGCUGGGAUGGAUGUGCUGUGCAGCGACAAGACAGGGACCCUCACACUUAACAAGCUUACUGUUGACAAAAGCCUGAUCGAGGUGUUUGUGAAGGAUAUGGACAAGGACACCGUUGUGUUGCUUGCAGCAAGGGCUUCAAGGGUCGAAAACCAGGAUGCAAUUGAUACGUCCAUCGUCGGAAUGUUGGCUGACCCCAAGGAGGCACGAGCAGGGAUCGAAGAGGUGCAUUUCCUUCCCUUCAAUCCUGUGGAGAAGCGGACGGCUAUAACUUACAUUGAGCCCAACGGCACGUGGCACAGGUGCAGCAAGGGCGCACCCGAGCAGGUCAUUGAGCUCUGCGACCUCAAGGGAGAUGCCAUGAACAAAGUCCAUGCCAUCAUUGACAAGUUUGCCGAUCGCGGCCUUCGCUCACUGGCCGUGUGCAGACAGACGGUGCCAGAGGCUAACAAGGAGAGCCCUGGGGGGCCAUGGCAAUUCGUGGGCCUGUUGCCGCUGUUUGACCCGCCGAGGCAUGAUAGCGCAGAGACCAUCCGCAGGGCACUCAACCUUGGAGUCAAUGUGAAGAUGAUCACAGGCGAUCAGCUUGCGAUUGGCAAGGAGACGGGCCGCAGGUUGGGCAUGGGCACCAACAUGUACCCCUCCUCCUCCCUCCUUGGCCAGUGCAAGGACGAGUCCAUUGCCUCUAUCCCUGUCGACGAGCUCAUCGAGAAAGCUGAUGGCUUCGCCGGAGUUUUCCCAGAGCAUAAGUAUGAGAUAGUGAAGAAGCUGCAGGAAAGGAACCACAUCUGUGGCAUGACAGGAGAUGGAGUGAAUGAUGCACCAGCGCUGAAGAAGGCAGACAUCGGAAUUGCAGUGGACGAUGCAACAGAUGCAGCCCGGAGUGCCUCCGACAUUGUCCUGACGGAGCCUGGCCUGAGUGUCAUCAUCAGCGCAGUGUUGACCAGCCGGGCCAUCUUCCAAAGGAUGAAGAACUACACAAUCUACGCAGUGUCCAUCACAAUCAGGAUUGUGCUCGGCUUCAUGCUCAUUGCGCUCAUCUGGAAGUUUGAUUUCUCUCCCUUCAUGGUCCUCGUCAUUGCCAUACUCAACGACGGCACCAUCAUGACCAUCUCCAAGGACAGAGUAAAGCCGUCGCCAUUGCCAGAUUCAUGGAAGCUCAAGGAGAUCUUCGCCACUGGCGUCGUCCUCGGCACCUAUCUCGCUCUCAUGACCGUUGUCUUCUUCUGGGUGGCACAGGCCACCGAUUUCUUCUCCGAACGGUUCAGAGUGCGGUCCAUCAGGAGCAACAACGAAGAGCUUACAGCAGCUGUCUAUCUCCAAGUGAGCAUUGUGAGCCAGGCACUCAUCUUUGUCACCCGGUCCCGGAGCUGGUCAUUCAUCGAACGACCUGGACUCUUGCUCGUCGGUGCUUUCGUCGCAGCCCAGCUGUUGGCCACAUUCAUCGCUGUGUAUGCAAACUGGGGCUUUGCUAGGAUCCAAGGCAUCGGAUGGGGGUGGGCUGGUGUCAUCUGGCUGUACAGCAUCAUCUUCUACUUUCCCCUCGACAUCCUGAAAUUCCUGACCCGCUAUGGCUUAAGUGGCAAAGCAUGGGAUAAUUUGAUUGAGAACAGGACGGCCUUCACAAGUAAGAAGGAUUACGGCAGGGAAGAGAGGGAGGCCCAGUGGGCCCAUGCCCAACGCACCCUUCAUGGCCUCCAGCCCGCCGACACAAGCAAUCUCUUCAACGAGAAGAACAGCUACAGGGAGCUAUCUGAGCUUGCUGAGCAAGCAAAGAGGCGUGCAGAGGUCGCAAGGCUAAGGGAGCUUCACACGCUCAAAGGGCACGUGGAAUCAGUGGUGAAGCUGAAAGGACUGGAUAUCGAGACCAUCCAACAGCACUACACAGUGUAAGAGUAGAAGAUAGAAGUGAGAGAAAUAUUGUUGCCUUUGCUGGAGAAGGGGAAAUUGCAGAGAAGAGAAAAGCUGGCGUCGAUUUCUUUUGUUUUUUCUUCAUUUGAUGUAAGUGGGGGAAUAAUCAGGAACUUUGGAUCAGAUCACUGAUGCGAUAAGAAAAUAAAAGGAAAAAAAACAGAGAGAGAAUGGGCCCGUCUGUUUAAAUCCGGUGAUUGUUAUUCAUUCUUUUUACGAUAUAUAUACCCUUCUUUGCAAAGGACUUGGGGUUGAUU